CACGCACAUGCGCGCGUCCCCUGCUCUGAUCACUGAGUGAGCGCGAGGUUGAAUUGAAGUCUUGUCUGUUGUCUGUGAGCGGCUAAACGAUGAACAGAGAGAUUAUAUACUAACAGCGUCUGUUUGGACAGGUUUUGAAAUGAAGAAGGACAUCGAUACACUCAUAUUGGAAGAACGGGCUGAGAUCAUUGCAAAAUAUGAGAAGGGCAGACAGGAGGGGGUUCACAUUAACCCCUGGGAGGAUGCCGACUACAGCAUCUACAAGGUCACGGAUCGCUUUGGUUUCCUGCAUGAAAAGGAGCUGCCAACACCAACCGCAGUGGAAGAGAAGUAUAAACUCCAGGAGGUUGAAAGAGUGCAAAAAUGGCUGAAAAUGGUGAAAAAGUGGGAAAAGUACCACAACAGUGAAAAGAUGAUUAAGCGGGUAUACAAGGGGAUUCCCUUACAGCUGCGUGGUCAAGCAUGGGCUCUUCUACUAGAAGUGGACAAGGUGAAACAAGCAAACUACAAGAAGUACGAGAUAAUGAGGGAACAAGCCAAAAAGUACUCAACAGAAAUCAAGCAGAUAGAUCUUGAUGUCAACAGGACCUUCAGGAACCAUAUCAUGUUUAUGGACCGCUUUGGGGUCAAACAGCAGGCCCUGUUUCACGUUCUGGCAGCUUAUUCAGUCUACAACACGGAAGUGAGCUACUGCCAGGGGAUGAGCCAGAUCGCUGCCAUUCUGCUAAUGUAUAUGAACGAGGAAGACGCUUUCUGGGCCUUAUCUCAGCUGUUAACCAAUCGGAAACAUGCCAUGCAUGGGUUCUUCAUCCCAGGGUUUCCCAAACUUCAUCGUUUUCAGAGUCAUCAUGACCAAAUACUUUCCAAACUCCUACCAAAACUUAAGAAACACAUGGAUAAAGAGCAGAUGUCCACUGGUAUCUACUCCACCAAAUGGUUCCUGCAGUGUUUCAUUGACAGGACCCCCUUCACGCUUACCCUGCGUCUGUGGGACAUCUACAUACUAGAAGGAGAGAAAGUUUUAACAGCCAUGGCCUAUACUCUCCUCAAACUGAAUAAAAAACCGCUUCUGAAGAUGUCUCUGGAGGAUCUGCGAGAGUUUCUCCAGGAGCAGAUUGUUUCAUCCUUCACCAUGAGCGAUGAUGCCGCCAUAGAGCACCUACAGUCAUCGAUGGCAGAACUCCGCAGGAUGAAGCUCGACCUUCCUCCUCCAGCCAAAGGAGACGAGUUCCCAAAAAUCACACUGGGCGAGGAGCGUCCGAUCAUGCUGCUUCCAGUUAACCAAAACGAGUGCGUGGCUAUACCGCUAACCGCACACCAAAACAACCAAAUCUCAUCCAAGCCUCACAAAGAGGAGACCACCGUCCCCGACCGGAUUAACGAUGAACACCCCUCCAAUAGCUCACCGGUGCAAACCUCCAAAUCGCCCUCCGACCCUUUAUUGUCUCAAGCUACACCUGAGGACUCGGGACCGAACGUGAAAAAUCAAGAGCAAAGACCAGAUCUUCUCCCAGAAGCAGAUGCUGUAUUAUUAAAGGAUGAAUGUGUUAGUGUGGGGUCCGAUGAGUGGCCACCUCCGUACCAGCCACCUAUAACAGACUUUUCAAGCGUCAACUCACUGAACCUUCCGGAUUUGCCCCCUCCACCCCUUCCUUGCACUGAACAAGGACCUCUUGAGGAACAUACCCCAUUCUACCUCGCUCCUCCUCCUCCUCCACCAGCCCAACCUCUGAAUCUCAUCUUAGAAGAUCCCUCAUCGUCGCCAUCUUCCUAUCGAGCUCCUCGGCAGGUGAGCAAGUUUCCCGUGAACCUGUACGUUCCUCCGUCUUCGGGCGAUCGACGACCUUCCAACACCUCACAUUACGACAACAUCUGGGAUGACGCGGAGGACAAUACAGUCGAGAAGAUGCUGGAGAUGGUGACCGCUUUACCGCAAAAUUCAGACUUGGGGGUUAAGCACCCCACUCUUCCUCCUCCUCCAGAUGUCGCCAUGUCUCUUCAUCUCCCACCUCCGACUAUGUUUUUCUACACCCCAGACUCUUCUCCCAUUUCUCCGUGCAUCAAGUCGGUGACUCCAAACUGUGCUAUUGUCCCGCCACCGGCCACCAGCGUUACACCCUUCCUCCCAUCGUCUGUCCAAUCUAAUCAGGCGCUUUUAAAUCAGACUCAAGAAAGUAACAGUGCUCACUCACAACCCCCAAGAAUACCACCCAAAAAAUUACAACCCACCAUGCUUUCUCAAGGACCCACCGAUUCAGAUUUCUACAGAAUACAGCCGCUAGUUUUGUAAUGUACCGAAGGACACAUUUUUUAUUUGCAUUUUUUGACAGCAUUAUAUUGGACCACAAAUCAAAAUGGGAUGCUUGAAUAUGUGUUUGCGCGUGUAUCACAAAAAUCGCGCUAGUGGUCACUGAGUAGUUUGUUGCCUUCUGUCAGUGUUAUUUUAUUUUAUAUUUUACAGUGAAUGACAUCAGUUUUAUGCGUGAAGAGAUGUUUUAUUGUAUUAUACUGUAUUUGGGAAAUGCAACUCGGACAUUGACAUGGUUACAGCGAGUCCUAGAUUUGCUUUGUAUUGUAAACAUUGUGCUACUGUAUGUGUAUAUAAAUACUGUCCUCUAGUGCCACCUUGUGGAAGAUGAAGCAAAACAUGGUAAUUUGUUUGUUAAAAAUGAAAACAUGUACAUUGAAGGUCACUUUACGGCAUUGUGUUGUAGAUAAAACGGGUUUGUUUUGUAUUUUUGUAAGAAGAGCUGAUAUUAUUUAACUGCUUUUACAGUUUGUGUGCAGACUGCAGUCUAACAUUUGCAGAUUCUUUUAUUUUUUUCAAUAACAACCGCUUAAUGAAAAACUUGUUUUUAUUUAUUGCACAUCAUGAAGAAGCGUUCAGUUUAAUAUUAUUGCUAUUUCUUAUACAUUUACAAGUACAGCAUAAUAAAAUAUACAAUAAUCAAAUAUUGCUGUAGAAAGAUGCAAAAAGGCACACGGCAGAAAUGCAUGCCCUUAACCAUCAAGUCUGGUUAACUUGUAGUAUAUAAUUUACCAUCAUAAUUUAAACUUUAAGUACAUAGUGUUGCAUUAUUUGCAAAGAUAACCGCUGUCAAUUGCAUAGUUCAUAAACAUUAACACACUAAAUAAAACUAUUG